UUGAUCUAUGACCGCUGUCAUCGGUGGUCAUUUACAUUUCUGUUGCAAUCGUCGUUGGGUGACAACAUGUUAACUUUCUUUCGAGUCUACCUUUGUUUCGGUCUUUUGGCUGCGCUUAUUUACUCAGUGAACUGCAUCAAGUGCAUGUACUGCAAAAGUGACCUCCACGAGGAAGCCUGCGAUGCCGUGGGCAAACGAAUAACCUGCACUGAGGACAACGCCUACGAACACUUUCGCUAUCUUCAGCGACUGAACAAGGAUUUGGUGGAACCUCGGCGAAAUGAAGGCUAUUCCUGCAUGAAGAUAAAAGUGGGCAACCAUCGAUUGGUGAAAGGAUGCAUCUACUCUAACCUGUUGGUUUGUGGAGCAUUUCGGAAACGGGCCAAACCUUGCUCCACCUGCUUUGACGACGAUUGCAACACUGUGAAGUAUCGCGACUUCUAUUUGAACUAAUGUUUUCUCUAUCCUAGCUAGAAAUCGAAUCAAAACCGUCCGAAUGCAAAUACAUAUCGCCAGAGGAAGUGACAUCAAUCAGCCGUAAAUCCUGACAACACGCGUUUUCCCCUUUUUCACAUGUGAAAACCACCAAAUCCCUCGCAGCUAUGAAU